AUGGAGUUUCGAACGAGGUACACUGCAAAAUUGGUAAAUAUUUAUUCAAUUUUCUGAUUAAAAGGUUCUGCUUCCGCCACGUGGCCAAAUCCACGCAACUCGUCGUCGAUUCGGUUCGACUCUUCGUGCCGCGGCUCAGGAUCGACGUGGAGAGUGAUAUUGACGCGAGUUUGAGCAUAUUUAUGGGCGUCGGAAGGGAGCUGAAGUUGAAGUUUGGCCGAGAGACAUUUGGAAUGACCCAGAUAAAAAUGUGAGUGUGAAACGGGCCUCGCCACGACUUCUUUCCGUUAAAAUCGCGAAAAUCUAUCGAACACAGCGCAAAAUUUGAAUGCGCAAAUUUUGCCGAUUUCGAACUCUUUCAGGUCGGGCAGCGAAAUCAUCACGGGCCGGAAGAAAAACAAGAAAAAGAUUCGAAAUGUGAAGUUUGAAACUCCGGCACUGUUGGCGAUUUCCGUCUUCAAAACACUGGCCACCAACCCGAAAACUCUUCUCGGUGGAGUCGAGAUUUUCGAAAGUGCUCCACGUUUUUUGCUCGAAAAAGUGGACGAAAUGCUGGAAGGACACUUGAUUCGUGCCAAAAUAAUCACGAUCCUAAAGGCGAAGAAACCGUACGUUUUCCUGCGGCGAUGCGUGAAGGACGAGGUCGACGAAGUGCAAUUUCUGAAGGAGGACGAGUAUGAGGACGAGGACGAGGACGAGUAUGAGGACGAGGACGAGUAUGAGGACGAAGAACUGGUUGAACCGAGAAACAAUAUGCUGGUGUACACGCAUCGAGUGCGGUGCAAUUAUGAGCUAUAUGAGGGGCUUAUCGGUGUAAUGGGUUAGUUGGAAAAACUUUGAAAAGCUUUUCUUCUUUCUGUGAAGACUUGACGUUCAGUAGAGUUUUUUUGUAGCCUAGUACUUUACUUUAUCUGUUGACAACUUCUCUGUGUAGCUCGAUGACUAUUGUUGACUUCAAAUUCCAAAAGCUACAACAACUACAAAAAGUGAAUUGGACGUACAUACAAUACUCAAUUUCAGAUAACUACUACAGGCGCGUCUCCGACGAUCCCGACUUUCCAAGUGUUGUCGCCGGCGAAAUGGCGGAAGACCAUCUCAAGUUCGAGCAAAGGCGAGUUGUGCGCAAAAAGUUGCGUUGCCACGUGGACAGUCUUUGCAGCGGUCCUGCCGAUUAUCGGAUGCAUCUCUACGACAAGGAUACGUUUUUCCAAGGGCGGAUCAAUUGGUGCGGCUGUGCGAUAAGCGAGUGCCAGAAGGAUUACGGCGUUGAAAAGGUUCAUCCGGUAACAAAUUGUUUUGAACUUUUUCACUUCGGCCAAAGUAGGCAGUUUCCGGACAAAAAAUCAGCGUCGGAAAUAAACAAGCGCGUGAUUAAAAGCAUUUUGAGCCUUCGAGAAAAAAAAUUAUCACUUUUUUAGAUUCUUCACUCUGAAAACUGCUUCUUUAAUUAGAAGGGAAUUCACAAUUGCAAAGAAUCCCGAAUUUCGAAAAAAAAUUCAAUCCAUAAAUAAUGAGGAGUGCGGUUUUGCGGCGGAUUCCAUAAUAAGCGAAAUCCACGAAAAAGGCACCAGAACGUCAGAAAUUUCGAAGAGUAUUGUGUUUAAAUGUCAAAUUAUCAUUUUUCGUGGCUUUCGACCACAAAAAUCAGAGAAAAACUGCUUAAUUUUUGGAGGAGCUGCGCAGACCGACGGCGCAUCAAGAAUGUUAAAAUUGACAAAAAGAGGUAUUCAGCCGCCGGGAACGUGCCACAUGCGUUGGAGGUGUGUGCAACACGCGGAUCCGUUCGAAUACUGGUACCAGAAACGCGUAGAGGACGGAGACACAACUUACGAAGAGCUGUACCCACAGGUCAACGGAUACGAUUCGUUGAUUUCUACGUUUUUCGAAAAUGUCGAGACGAAUUACGAGCGAUGGAAGUGCGGAAUCGAGAAAAUGAAGACGGAGGAAGAAGAGGACGGGGAAGAGACAGAAGAAGAGAAAAAGGACGAGAAGGAAGUGUCUGGAGGGCAGCCGGAAGAAGAGGAAGUACCCAAACUCGAUGAUAAUGAACAAAAGUGGUCGUACUGCGACCACUUUUGGAACCUCUCUCUCACUUUGCCAUGUUUGCUCACAUUCUCUAUUGCUCUUAUGAUGUUCUUUUACAAAUGUUCAUUUUGAACUAAUGAAAUUCAACACUUUUAAAGGUUUUUACAGCUGCCUGGAAGGGGUAUCGAAAAGGUGGCAGCGUAUAAAUUGAGAUAAAUGGUUUUCAAAGCCAGAGAAAAUAUAUAAAAAUGUAAACUUUAUAUUUAAAUGAACUUACAACUUGAACAUCAAUCAAUAUACAGAAAAGUUGUUAAUUACAAUGUUGUUGAGCACAAAAUUGUGACCAACCGCAAGGGACCGCGUCGACUGACUUUUGGCGCGCGAUGCGGCUGCGUCGCGUCUGCGGUUCUUUCUCUCGUUUUCGGGCCAACUCGUGCACCUUUCUCCGUCGGCUAUCAUUGAAACGAUGAAACCGAGCAGCGAGCUGGCCAAUGGAAUCGCAGAUUUACGUAAAAACAUUUUAAAUAAUUCAUUUUGACAAUAAAUAUUGGUUUUUUCAGUGAGAAACUACGAAAUCGAGCACGAGAAACGAGUCGCCGCCGCUGAAGAAGGUACUCUGGAAAAAAAGGCGCAUUCACCGUUCGAAACGGCGCUGACGCCUUUUUUCCUUUUAUUCACACCGCUUUAAACGAAAAAUCUUGAAUUUUCAGUCAUUUUAUAUUGCAAACGCGCUCUAUCGCACGUGCGGUAGAAUUUCGAAUUCUUCGAGCUAGAAACUGAGAAAAUGUACGCUUUUUCAGAGGUGAGAAAAGCGAGAGAAGAAAUCGAUGAGCUCAAAAAAGGAAGCAACCAUGUCGGAUGGAUUUAUAGAGAGCUGGAGAGUAUCAUGUCGACGCCUCACGAGUAUUCCGACGAGAACGAUCGAGAAAUCGCAGUGCUGAUGAAGAUGGUCGAAGAGAAAAAUAAGGAAAUUGAGGAGAAGGAUGCGAAAAUGAAAAAGCUGAUUGGAAUGUACGAAGAGGAUCUGACCGAGAAGGACCGCCAACUCGGGGACCAAGAAAGGAAGCUGACGGCUAAGGACCGAGCAAUUGGUGAUCUCGAGCGGUUACUUGUGGCUAAGGUGAAUUUGGAGAAAAAUCAAACGCUUGUUGAGAUUGAAAAUAAACUAACUUUUAAGGACCAUAGGCUCCAAACCAAGGACCAAGAAAUUGAGGAGCUGAAGCGGUCCCUUGUGGCCAAGGACAAUGAACUGAGAGUCAAGGACCAGGAGUUAGGCUACCGAUGUAACACGAUUUUGGAGCAAAACAAGAAGAUUCAUGAGAUUGAAAAUGAACUGAUUGUUAAGGAACAGGAGCUGAAAGAGUGUAAGAAUGAAACCAUGUCAACUGGGGGCCGGGAGGAGCACAUUCGGACGCCGGAGCGACAAUUAUCGGAAACGGAGGAAAAGUGGAUGCAGUGUCAGAAGGAGUUCGAUUGUCAAUUCAAGUGCAGACUCGAGCAACUUGAAGUGCUCGAGGCGAGAGUCCGCGAAUUUGAGAGCCAGGAAACGACGAUCGAACCGAUGACGAUCUGGCUGAAGGACCCGGUGGGCGGGUGGAACAGGACGAGUCGGCCGACGGAAAACACGUGCUCUACCAUCCGUCGAUCCAUCAGUUGCCGGAAGAGGUUCGAAGUAGGCCCGUAACUCGAAAACCAAUUGAUUCAUGCGAAAGUUGUCAAUUAGAAAGUUGCUGAGCAUAAAAUUUGCAACAAUUUUGUAGUUGACAACUUUUUGAAAGAAUCAAUAGUUUUUGACAUAUCGGCCUUCAAAGUUGUUCGAUCAAAAAGUCACAAAUUCCAGACGUUUCAAUGGCUAUUGUCGAUCCGAAACACUCGACAGCAGAUUCAGGCGGGAGAAGCACGAAAACGAGGUUGUCGGCCCGAGAAAAGAAGGUUUUUCCGCUGGCGCAAGUGAACGUGACCGGAUAUCUGACGAUCAACAUUGAAAACGACGGCGGCUCUUUCUUUGUGAGUCGUGUUUCGCCACAAAACACCGCCCACACACACGUUUUCAGCCGUAUAUUGUCGAAGUGAUGGACGUGGCGCAACGAAAAGUGCGAAUCAACUGGCUCUCCGAGGUGAAGCUGAAGUCCACGCCGGCCCGAAGUGCCAAGACGCCAAAAAACAGAAAAUGA